AUGGCUUCCCAAAAUGCAUCUGAUCUCCCUAACCAAGAGAAAUUACAAGGUGGAAAACAAGCCAAACCCAACGAUGAUGCUGAAACAUCAUGGGAUGCAGUGCUUCCCUACACUGGUCUGCUUGGUCGUGAAGACGAAUCAGUAGAUCUCUUCUCGUUUGUGACAAACGACGUCGAGCUAAGAAAUGGGCAAUUUGAUCGCAAACAAUGGCCACCUACAAAAGCCGGUUUGAGACAAUUACUCAGCCAUUUGCAGGAAAUUGCCAUCCAGCAUGGCAGUGAUUUCAACGUGGACAUUUCCAGGGGCGGGUUGAUAUGCAAACGAUGUCGCAAGAACCACACGGAGAAGAAAAACGAAAUCAAACAGAAGAAGAGGAAGCAAUCCGAUGACCAUGAUGAACCAACAAAAACCCGAGCUAUCCAUACUUCAAAGGACAACACUUCAGAGAACAAUAAGUUCUGCAAUUGUCGAAUACGAAUGUUAAUUCAUAAGCAGGAUAAGCCUGACGGGUACAUCUAUGUCUCCUGUAAGGGUGUGAAGUGUCACAUAUAUCAUCCCAGAGAAGACAGUAAGCAAUUUUCCUUCAAACUAAAUCAGCUCCUCGCGGAUCAGCAAACAAAAAAUCUACGGAUCCAAUCGCGAGACGACAUUCAAACGAAGGCGAUGAAUAUCCACCGGCUUUGCGGCACCAAUCAGAAGAGCGCCAAUAUAGUGGUAGCGACCAUGGCCGAACUUGAACGGUUCCUCAAUCAACAAAAGAACAUCGCCGCCGCAAAAGCACAACAAGCUCGGAAGCGUGAAGCCGAUAGUGCGGCUGCCCUACUUACAAUACGAGAAACCCAAAAAGGUUCAAAGAAGGCGAGGAAGGAGGAAAAGAGCGAUUGCAAAUAG